AAGAACGGAUUAAUAUAAAAGCUUUGGUUAAAGAAGAAGAAGUAGAGAUGUAUGUGGGGGGUGAUCAGCCGUCCGCGGAGGAAGUCGGGAUGACAAUGAAGAGUGAACAGGAUGAAAUGUCUCCGCCUAUCAACACAAAUGGAUGUGAUGUGAGGAAUUCCUCGGAGAGACAUCUUCUAUUAUCUGCUGAUUGUAAGUCAGAAGAUAAUGUCAUCACACAGGAUCCUCCAGGAGGAAAUCCAAAUACACAAAAUAUACAUCACAGACCUUCCUGUCCGGAGACAUCAAUGGAUCCCUCUGAUCAGGGGGAAUCUUCUCAUCAAUCACAUACUAUGAUUGCAAAUAUCCAUGUAAGAUCUCACACUGCAGAUAGAUCAACAGAUCCUUCUAAUCCCGAUGAAUCUUCCUCACCCCAUGAAGGAGAUCACCGAGGUGACAAUCUAUUCCCAUGUUCAGAGUGCGGGAAAUCUUUCUCUCGGACAGGAACACUUAAUAGACACCAGAAACUCCACACGGGUGAGCGUCCUUAUUCAUGUUUAGACUGUGGGAAAUGCUUCAGUGAAAAAGAUUAUCUUGUUAGACACCAGAGAAUUCACAUGGAUAAGCGUCCCUAUUCAUGUUCAAAGUGCGGGAAAUCUUACACUCAACAUGCAUCCCUUGUUGCACAUUUUAGAAUUCACACAGGAGAACAUCCUUAUUCAUGUUCAGAGUGCGGGAAAUCUUUUGAUCAGAAAGCGGCCCUUGUUAAACACCAGCAAAAUCACACAGGUGAGCGCUGUUAUUCAUCUUCAGAGUGUGGGAAAUCUUUCACUCAUCAAGGAACCUUUGCUAGACACCAGAGAAUUAACACAGGUGAGCGUUCGUAUUCAUGUUCAGUGUGCGGGAAAUCUUUCACUCGUAAAGGAGGCCUUGCUAAUCAUCAGAGAAUUCACACAGGUGAGCGCCCUUUUUCAUGUUCAGAGUGCGGGAAAUCUUUCACUCAUAAAGGGGGCCUUGUUAAACAUCAGAGAAUUCACAUGGGUGAGCGCCCUUUUUCAUGUUCAGAGUGCGGGAAAUCUUUCACUUUUAAAGGAAGCCUUGUUGAACAUCAAAGAAUUCACACGGGUGAGCGUCCUUAUUCAUGCUCAGAGUGCGGGAAAUCUUUCACUUUUAAAGGAAGCCUUGUUGAACAUCAGAGAAUUCACACGGGUGAGCGUCCUCAUUCAUGUUCAGAGUGCGGGAAAUCUUUCACUCAUAAAGGAGACCUUGUUAAACAUCAGAGAAUUCAUACGGGUAUGCGUCCUUAUUCAUGUUCAGAGUGCGGGAAAUCCUUCACUCAUAAAGGAGACCUUGUUAAACAUCAGAGAAUUCACACAGGUGUGCGUCCUUAUUCAUGUUCAGAGUGCAGGAAAUCUUUCACUCAGAAAGGAGACCUUGUUAAACAUCAGAGAAUUCACACAGGUGAGCGUCCCUAUUUAUGUUCAGAUUGUGGGAAAUCUUUCGCUCAUGAAGGAGACUUUUCUAAACAUCAGAGAAUUCACACAGGCGUGCGUCCUUAUUCAUGUUCAGACUGCGGGAAAUCUUUUAUUCUUAAAGGAGGCCUUGUUAUACAUCAGAGAAUUCACACGGGUGAGCGUCCUUAUUCAUGUUCAGAGUGCGGGAAAUGUUUCACUCAGAAAGGAAAACUUGCUGAACACCAGAGAAUUCACACUGAUGAAAGUCCUUAUUCAUGUUCAGAGUGCGGGAAAUCUUUCUGUAAGAAAUAUUAUCUUGUAAAACAUCAGAAAAUCCAGUGUAGUGUGGGCAUUGGAAGGAUAACUGUAUGUAGUGUGGAUAGUGUGCUGGGGACAACUGCCAAAAAAUAGUGAGGACAGUGGGGGGAUCUAUCGUAGAAUGGGCGGACAGUGGGAGGUAGGGGAUUCCUUUAAAACAUAUUACUGCCCCGUAGAGGUCACCACAAAGGCAUUAGGCAAAGGCACAAAAUGCCGUUGAUUGGCGGACUUUUUGACAACAGUCAAAGCAGAUUCCUGUGAUACCAGCCAGAGGAAUUGGAGCUGAUGUUCCUGCACACAGCCUUGCUUUUUAUCCAUCUUGGUCGUUCCUGCUACCCAUGAUGAUUUUAAAGAAUUUAACUGUAUGUGUGCUAUUUUGUUCUCUCAAUAAAUGUAUUUUGUCAUGCUAAUGAGGAUUAUA